AUGUUCUCCUGGCCGGGGUCCGACUGCAUUCAAAGAAGAAGAAACGGAAUGAGCAUAAACUUGUGGCGCUCUGCGCGGAUUUCUCGGAUCUGCGCUGGACUUCCCUUACCUGGCGCGCGGAGCGCGCCAGGGGUGGCGCCGCAGGCGCCGCCAGGGGGCCCCAGCGCGGAUCCCAGAAAUCCGCGCGGAGCGCCAAGAGUGUGUGUUAUGCCGUUGUCUCUUCUUCGAUGUAUGCCUGUGCCGCCGUCUGUUCCUCCGGCGAUGGAGGGGUACAUCCGGCAGGGCCUGGCGGCGGACGGCUGGGCCCAGCCGCUGGACAACCGGAGCCUCAACGCCGGAAGCCACGCGGGCUGCCGCAGCUUCGUCGGCGAGCGCGACCAGGCGUUCAUCUGGGCGCGCGAGGGCCACGUCGCGGAGGCCUACGGGUACCGGACGUGCUGCGCCUGA